AUGCCCGCCGAGUUCCUUGCCAAGAACCCCCCCCCGCUCUGGCUCACUCUCUACCACCUAGUCACCCGCCUCCCUGACUCUCUGCGUGCAGUCAGGGAUUCCUUCCUCGCUUGCUGCCCUACUGAGCUCACCAUUGCCCUCCUCGAGAAGGAACUGCUUGCAGCUGAGGCUAGCAUAGUCGCUGUAGGUGCCUCUCGUGGCGACCCCCGCACCCCGUUCUUUGAGGGGUGUUCUCCUUCCCCCCUUCUUCCCUCUGUCGCCUCUGCUGCUGCUGUCGACCUCCUUGGUGCUGAGAAGGUCGGGACUGCGUCUGCUUCGAGCGGACGCCGCAGCGGCAAGGGCAAAGGGGGCAAGGGAGGCGGAGGUGACGGUGGGGGAGGAGGUGGUGGGGGCGGUGGCGGCGGUGGGGGUGGUGGCGGGGCUGGAGGGGCGAGUGGCGGCGGUGGAGGUGGUGGCGGCAGCGGCGGGGGAGGCGGCAGGGGCGGGGGCGGUGGUGGGGGUGGCGGUGGACGCGGCGGCGGCAGGGGUUGGGGUGGUCGAGGAGGUGGGGGCGGAGGUGGUGGUCGUGGAGGCGCUGGCGGUGGUCCGAGCCAGCAGCACACUCCGUCGCCCCAGGAGGUCCGUGGGUGGUACGCUCAGCACGGGGGGGGGGGGGGGGGUGGCUUUACCUGCACGUAUGUCAUUCGCACUGGUCAGCAGUGUGGGGGACCGCACGCCACGCAGCGCUGCUUCGCUCGCCUCAACGACGCUUGGCGUGUUCAGUUCUCUCAGGCCACUGAGCUGCCGCGCUGGCUUGAUCUCCUGAAGAAGGGGAUUGAUAUCUAUGCUCUAGACUUUGAUGCUAUUCUUACUGCCAUGUAUGUGAUGUCUACUAGUGGAGAGGGUGCUGAGUACCUGUGUGUUCCGCCCGACCCAGGCAUUAGGGCUAGUGCGUCUGCCGCUUCAGGUACUCGCGUGUCUGCUACCCCAGGUGCUGGUGCGGCUGCUGCUCUAGGUGCUUGUGCGUCUGCGCCCCCUGGUACUGAGUCGACUGAGGCACUGCACACCUUCACACUGGACUCCGGUGCUUCUCGCUGUUUCUUCCGUGACCGCACUGUCCUUGAGCCACUUGCUCGGCCAGUUGCUGUCUCCCUCGCUGACCCCUCUGGGGGCCCGGUCGUUGCGACCUCCUCCGCUGUCCUUCCCUGUCCUGCGGUCUCGUCAGGCACACUGUCCGUUCACCCCUGCCUACGAGCGCGUGACACACUGCACGUGUGCUCGUACGGGCCGUCACUUGGCUACCUUCACUAG